UGUCUGCGUGAACGGGAGUCACAACUCUGGUGUGCGAUCGUCUGAGUCUGAGGGUAAAACAAGGAGAACGAGCAGACGCGGCUGCUGCUACUUGUGUCGUCCGCUGAAGCCGCGGUGACGCUCGCCACGUCUGAGCCCCUCUCCUGUUGGACUCAGCCGGAGCUCUCUGCCGCUCUGAGCUGCCGCUGGCUCUUGAGUGUGCGAGUCUGUGAAUGGGAUGCCGCGAAGAUGUGCUCGCUGAGGGGUGACUGAUGAGAACCGGAGCUCCGGUGUGGAUGGUGACCCCCCUGUGUCCGUGCCACCGCUACUCGGGGAGAUUUGGGCGCCUGGCGUUUCCACGACGACUAUAAUGGGCUGCAAUCUGUGCACUUUACAGAAGCGAGAGGAACACUACAAGCUGCUGUAUGAGAUUGCACAGGUGAAUGGGAAGGAGUUGUCCAAAUCCAGCCACGAUGAGACUGUGGAGGCCUUCCGAGCUGCCAGGGACCCCGUCGUGGUGCAGGUCAUCAGGCGUACCCCGAGCGGCCGCCCCCACGGCCCCCCUCAGGAAAUCCAUGUGGUGGAUGUGUGCACUCAGACCGACAUCACCUUUGAACACAUCAUGGCGCUGGCAAAGCUCCGGCCUUCAACCCCUCCUGUGCCUGACGUCUGUCCCUUCCUGCUCUCUGACAGCUGUCAUUCCCUUCAUACAAUGGACCAAGAUUACUAUGAAGGUACCGACUACCUCUCCCCCGUCCCAGCUGACGGAGACAGAAUGGAGGAGUUUGAGUACGAGGAAGUCGAACUUUGUCGUCUCAGCUGUCAUGAAAAACUAGGCCUCACUCUGUGCUAUCGAACGGAUGAAGAAGAGGAUGUGGCCAUCUAUGUCAGUGAGGUCAGUCCGAACGGCAUUGCCGCCAGAGACGGACGGAUCCGAGAAGGGGAUCGAAUCUUACAGAUAAACGGCCAUGAUGUGCAAGACAGAGAAGAAGCAAUGGCUGCUCUCUCCAGUGAUGACUUCAAGAACAUCGUACUACUGGUCGCCCGACCUGAGAUGCAGCUGGAAGAGGCUUGGCUGGAUGAUGAGCAUAGCGAGUUCCUGGAGCAGCUGAAGAUGGAAAUGUUGGAGGAGCAGCAGAGAGAGGAGAUGGAAUUAGCUGCAUUACAAGAAGAACAGGAAAAGCAGCAGAGAUCCGAAGAUGACAAGCCUUCUUGUUCAACAUUUUCUUACUCAAGAGACAGCCUGCAAAGUCUGAAAGAGAGAAAAGAAAACUCAGACCACAACGUCUUAGCCCAAAUCCAGAGACGCCUGUCCCGGUGCCUACGGGACAGUCAGGACUCCCAUUGUACCAGUGGUAGCAAGCGACUGGAGGACAAAGACGAUGAGGACAAUGAUGAGUCAGAGGGAGAUCGUUUCCAGCAACUUUUGGAGCUAAAAUGUCAGAUACGCAACAGUGGCGAGUACGACCUUUUCUACAGCCGCCGCAGUACUAUUGAGUGCAGCAUGGCGGAACAGAGCGAUGUGCAACAUGAGCUGCGUAUGCUAAAUGAGGAGCUACGCAGUAUUGAACUUGAGUGUCAGAACAUUAUGCAGGCCCAUAAGCUGCGCAAGAGUCAGCAAUCUCCCUUAAUGGGACGUUCUGCACCCUCCAUCAAAAGUCAAAGCCCCAAACAUGGAGAGUCUAUUAAGGGGAAGCUGGGGGACAUUAAUGAGAGGAUGGAAAAGUCUGACAAGGACAGCUCCAGUGCCUACAACACUGCCGAGAGUUCUCGGAGCACGCCCUUGGCGAUGGACCGCUCCCCAGAGCACUCUCUCCAGAGAAUGGUCAGUCUCACCAACCAGAGGAACCUCUAUGGCGGCUUUGCUGCCGGUCACUCACAGAGCCCAAGCCCCUUACCGACCUGCAGAACCCCCGUUCUGGGCAAAAGCAGCAGCCCCGACCACAGUAACCCUUCAGAGUCAGAUCAGACACCUCAGGCUGAGGAGGAGGGUAAAAGAAAGUUAAAACAAUGCACUUCCCGGAUUCCUUACUUCUCUCCUUCCCACACAUCCCAGCAGAGGCAGGCCAACAUUCCAGCCCAUGCCCGUCACUACCAGAGCUACAUGCAGCUGAUCCAGCAGCGUUCAGCUGUUGAGUAUGCUCAGAGCCAGCUCAGCCUGCUUAGUGUCUGCAAAGAGCCUCAGAGACCCAUUAAUGAACCUAAGAUGGAGUGGAAAGUCAAGAUCCGCAGCGAUGGCACCCGCUACAUCACCAAGAGGCCAGUGAGAGACAAGAUCCUGAGGGAGCGGGCCUUGAAGAUUAAAGAGGAACGCAGUGGGGGGAUGACGACGGAUGACGAUGCAAUGAGUGAGAUGAAGAUGGGGAGGUACUGGAGUAAAGAGGAAAGGAAACAGCACCUGGUCAGAGCAAAAGAACAGAGGAGAAGACGAGAAUUCAUGCAGCGUAGUCGGCUGGAAAGCUUGAAGGAGAACCCUCAGAGCAGCAGCGAAGGUCGAAAGGAAGUCAGUAUUAUAGAGCUCAGCCACAAGAAGAUGCUGAAGAAACGCAAUAAGAAGAUUUUGGACAAUUGGAUGACCAUCCAGGAGCUGAUGACACACGGCACUAAGGCCCCCGAGGGAGCAAAGGUGCAUAAUGCCUUCCUCUCAGUCACUACUGUAUAGGACAGAGACAGCCUACAUUCUACCCCAUGUGGUAAAACAUACUUGCCUCGUUCAAUGCGGCAUUUUUAAGUGGUAGGUCGGAGGAACACUUUUCACUCUUUGUAUCCCAAAAAGCAUUUUUAAAGAGUUUAUUUGUGGCGUCAUGACAUUUUUGUGAUGUUUUUUCAAAACAGUUUCUCACAUAAUCUGGGAAACAUGGCAUUUUCUAAGAAACUCUGACAAUUAUUUUAAUACUUCACUCUGAACAUGUCUAUCUUUUCAAUUCUAUUUUCAUAUUUAUGUUGAACUUUAUAUCUCACGGUGGUUGUUUGACAGUAGGUAAUUUUUCCUUUACCUAUGUUUUCAAUGCUGUCUUGUAGUCCACAGAUUUUAUAUGCCUAAAUUCUGGAGCUGAAGCCGAUCAGAUUCCUCUGUGCUGCUGGCAGGUUUCUGAAAAGAUGUUCCUCACCAAGUAUAAAAAAGUGCAGUUGGUCAAAGGUUUAACUGAGCUACAUUAACAGUUUGAUUACUAAAGUGCUUUUAAAUUAUGGUAAUGGCUGGAAGUGAGCAAGUAACAAUCACUUAAUUAAAGAGAUUCUUAAAAAUGGUCUUCUGAUGCUGUUUCACGGUAAAUGUUAGUAUUUUUUCAAUUUUGCCCGUUAAAUUCCAACUAAAAUUUAUGUUGUAAAUUGUAAUUAUUAAUAUAUGUAUAGCUACAAAUGUUUUUCAUAUGCACAGUGCUCUCCACAAUUAUCAGCACCCCUAGUAAAGCUAUACUGAACAAUGGAUGUUUAUAAUAAAUUUGGGUCUAGAGGUUUUAAUGACCUUAAGCUAACAGUCUUUACCGUAGUUCUGUAACUGUGACUUAUUUUAAAAAUGUUUUACUUUGAUGACAUCCUAAGAUAAUGAAGUUUUGUUUGUCUCAAUUUAAGCUUUAAACUUCUUAAAUUGUUGUUCUAAAGCUACUGUAGUUAAGCUAAGGCUAGAAGCCAUUUUUUAUUUCCUGGUUUCUAUAAAUCCACACACACCCUGCCUUUCUUGAAUGGACAUGCUCUCCUAUCCUCCCUGUUUUGAGGAGUGGUUAAUGGAAACUGACCACAUGUUAUGGAUAGACGUUUUGGAAGCUCUUAUGAAUUAACAAACACCAAAGUUUAAAUUAAAAGAAUGAGUCAGUUGUGUUUAUUUUACAGGAGUUCAGAUGGUGCCAAUAAUUUACAUAGGGUAGGUUUUUGCUACUGCUUAAUAUACUUAAAUCUAAUAUUGGGGUUUUUGUGUGUGUGUGUGUGUAUGUGUACCAGGUUUUUAUAUCCUUAUGGGAACCUAUUUCUAUCCACAAUGUGGGGUUAUUGAGACCAUUGCUCCUUGUGGGGACAUUUUCUUGGUCCCCAUGAGGGAAAUUGUUGUUUUUGGGUUAGUGGUUAGGUCUGUGAUGGUUAGGUUUAGGAUAAAGGUUAAGGUAAGGGUUAGGUAUGUGAUGGUUAGGUGGUUAGGCUGUAGAAAUGUAUGAAAGUCAAUGUGAAGUCCCCACAAGUGAUGAAAACACGACUGUGUGUGUAUAAUUAUUUUUUCUGCAACCUUAAAAAAUUCGGUUUAAAGAUUUUGGUAAGUCUUUACGUGGGGUGCCUGUAACUGUGAGAAGCAACAAAUCUUUUCAGACAAACUAGAUUUGCACUCAGCUUUAAACUGACAAAAUUUCAGUUUAAUCAACCAUCAUUUUUGCAACGUUAGGAAUGGUCUUUGAUCAUUUGAGAUCCAAUGUUUACAAAAAGAAUGUUAUUCCUUAUUUUACAGACAAACUAUUUUGAUGUCCAAUCUGUAUCCCCUUUAUCAGAAGGCCAUUUCAUCCCAAAGGACGACGUACAAAAAUAUUAGGCAGACUCUUCCACUUAUUCAGAAAUUCUUAUUCAGACAUUCUUGUCGUUAAACUAUUGGAGAAAACCAAAGCAGCCUGAGAAAAAUCCAGCUAAGCACUUCUAUGCUUUUGACUUAGCUUUUUAGGUUUGCAGUAGGUGCAAUAGUUUAAAGAAAAGAACACACAAAUAUGUUCUAAAAUUUGACUUCUUAUUUUCCUUUUCAAAGUUUUUACGAAAUAAUAGGAAUAAAAAUCAAUCAAAAGGCUUCAAAGCCGCUAUUUCUAGUCUCAUACUAAUUCAGCUCAUUUAAAUUCCUCAGAGCGCUAGUUUACAUACCUCAACUGAGAAAGUGCAUCAGAAAGCACUGAGGUGAUUGAAACUCUAUUUCACAAAAGCAUGCAGCAGUUACCAAGAGAUGAAACACUCUUCAUCAUGCAUAUUACAUAUCAAUCUGUAGGGAUUGUUUAGUCUCUGGAUCCAUCUUUUUUUUUGUUUACUUUGCCAAACAGAUGGGUUCUUGCAAAAAUAUCAGGAAAAAAAACAUCAGCUUUGAUCAGGAAAGCACAUCAAACAGCACCUGAGCAGAACAGCAGAGGAGUUUUCAAAACGGCAUUAAGUCGUUCUUCGGACUAGACUCGGUUUUCAGUGUGGUUUCUUGUUUAUCUUUUAGAAGCUCAUUAAAAUUCUGAAACUGUGAUCAACUAGUCGUUAAAGUACAUUUGUUAUUUUUUUAUCUUUAAAAUUUCAAAAUGAUUUGGUUUAUUUUGUUUUAUAUAUAUACAUAUAUAUAAACAUAUUCAAGAUCAGAUGAACAUGACUGUUCCUUUUACAUGCUGGGAUUUUUUAUACAUCAAUUUAAAUCUCUUUUACUCAUAGCCUUAAAAGCUCUAACCUCAAUGAUGCAUUGGUUGGUUGAUCUUAUUUUCCAUGCAAACAAGAAUCAUUUGUUCAACUCUGUAUCUGAGAGUUUUUUUUCCUUGCCUUAUUUACAAUACAUCAUGUACAUUUGGAGUAUUUGGUUACUGGAUAUGUUGAAAGACUUUCUAACGGUGUUUCUGAAUUAUGUUUGCAGUUAGGUUUAAGGGGCACAUAUCAUUUUUUUUUCCAACUUUAAUUUUUCAAACAUACUCAGGUUUAUAGCUCAUGAAAUAUGUACAGUAAAUGGUUGCUAGGUCCAAACUGGAGAAAGAAAAUAGAAAAAUAGUGAAAGAGAGACACCAAACAGAAGGCUGCCAGGAACGUAGCCAAAAUUUGCUUAAGAGUGAUGAUGUUAUGUCUGGAACACUGAAUUGGGCAUUAAUGCAUUACACGAUGAUCCUCAAAGAAAAUAAAAUAAGUGGUAGAAUAAGUUAGAAAGAGAUGGUCGGAAGGAAUUUUGCCUUAGCAUUGGUACUUUGGAGACGUCACAAACUGGCACCCUACCAAAGGAUUUAAAAGGUUUAUUUGCCAAAUCUCAUCUGCCUGUACUUGGCCACAGUGGUGAAUUACCCUUUUUAACAAAAACUAAAAAAAAAAGAUUUUGGCAGUCUUGCAAUCCUGACAAACAAUGAAAUGUCUGGUCUGAUUUUGACCAGCAUUGUGAUCUGUACAAGCAUCAGCACUGUGACCAUGCAGUGGACAUCAGAAACAUGGUGUCAGUGGAUGAAAUAGAUAAUGUCUUGCUAUUCUAUAAAUCAUCUGACAUCCAUUUCAAAGACAUUUGACAUCACUUUUAAGACGUCACCUAAAUGCUGCAAGUUAAUUUUCUCACGCCAGCACAUCCCUAAAAAUUAAAUCAGGCUAACUCGUAAGAUGGAUGGGAAAGAAAGUAAAAUACUGAUUCAUUUUCAGUAUGUCGUUGCUAAAGUGGGCUGCUUGAGGAGAAGAUCCUCCCCUACCGUCCACUUUUCUUUUGAAGAAAAUUAAGUGUGCUUAUUCUGUUUUAUUUGUCAGAUUUCAUCAGUUUCUCUUUAAAACAGUCUUGCUCUGUUAUUCCAGACGAUGCAUGGUCAUCCAUAUUUGGAAGUGCCUUUCUAUUUUACAGACGAAUUCUAGCAAAGGCUCUUUUUGCCUCAAGAAAACUGUGUCUUUGAAUAAUAAUUGUUUGGAAAAACAAUGGAAAGGCUGAUUGGGAGUUGUAUUUGUUCCACACUUUAAAGAUGUUUAGCUUUUCUGGCUCUAAAAUGUUAUAUUUGCCCUUUAAACUGGUGUUUGGAUGAUUGCCACUGAGCAGGACUCAGAACACUUUAGAACCGUGGAAGAGACAUUUCUUUUUUUCUUUUUACCGAACGUCUUUAUAGUUUAGUAUUAAGUGCAGUGCUCAUUGAAAUUCCUCAUUUCGAACUGACGUAUUGUAAAUUUUAAAUUUAAAACUGUACGUUUUGGAUUAGUGUCUGAUGGAGUAAUGCAUACGUGACACAUUUGUAGCAAGGUGAAAUGUGCGAUGAUGGUGAUCUUUGCAAAAGAAAUGACAAUAAAUUAUUGUUUUUUGGUAUGACAUUGCAC